AAAAUCCAUGACUUUGUCCAAAAAUACUUGUCUUUUCUGAGUCUUGCAUAUAUAAUUAACACAACUCUGAAAUGGAGAACAUGACAAAAAAAUGGAGGAGAAGAUGAGUGGUACUGUUUCUGCGUCCAAAAACAAUGGAGAAAGUGAUGUUUUGUUACCGGGGUUCCGGUUCCAUCCAACUGAUGAAGAACUUCUAGGGUUUUACCUCAAAAGGAAGGUGGAAAAGAAACCUCUACGUAUCGACAUAAUCAAACACAUUGACAUCUACAAGCAUGAUCCUUGGGAUCUUCCAACAGAAGUGAGCAAACCCAGCACCAUAAGCGAGAAGGAGUGGUACUUCUUCUGUCGGAGAGGGAGAAAGUAUAAGAAUAGCAUAAGGCCCAACAGGGUCACAGGAUCAGGAUUCUGGAAAGCCACCGGCAUAGACAAGCCUAUCUACUCCACCGGUGACUCCCACGACUGCAUUGGCCUGAAGAAAACCCUAGUCUACUACCGGGGAAGCGCCGGCAAAGGCACCAAAACUGAUUGGAUGAUGCAUGAAUUUCGCCUCCCAACCAGUAUCAAGAAAGACAACUUUCAGGAAGCUGAAGUUUGGACACUUUGUAGAAUUUUCAAGAGAGAUGUUUCGUAUAGAAAAUAUGCAUCAGAUUUCCAGAAAAGUUAUUCCAAGCGAGACACUGCUGCUUCCACCAGCUCUAAUGUUGUUAGAUGCAAUUUUGAGUCGAGCAACGGGGUUAGGGUUAAGGAUAUCGAUAUGGAGCUUGUCAAAGAUCAUUUCCAUAGCAGGAACCAAAUGUCUGCAGCAGCAACACAUCAAUUAGCUCCAUUCCCAGUGUCAUUUUCACUAGAAGAGAGCUGGGAUGAGCUAAGGCCAGUGGUUGAGUUUGCUCUUGAUCCAACAGUGCUCUAUAUAUAGUUGCAGAUGGAAUGGGUAAUUACUAAUUACUUUGUUUUCAAUUUGUAGACUCAGAUAAACAAAUAAUUUCAAAGGGACUGUAAUGAACAUACCUCAAAUCUUCUUUUGCCCCUAUUUUCCUACGUUUUUCUCUUGGCCUGUAAUUAACAGCAGUGAUGCAC